CCGUCCUUUUCGGGAAGGGGGGGGGACAAGGCAUCAUGGUCAAGGGCGGAAGGCACCCUUGUUUAGAGCUCCAAGAGAGCGUGGAGUUCAUUCCCAACGACUACGUUUUAACCCGAGGUAGCUCCUUCCUUCCCUCCUUCCCAACCGUUUUUCUU